CCCAUUCAACCACUCGCCUUUCUGUUCCUGUGUGUUUACUACACUGCCGAGCAUAAGGGAGACGCUCGUCUUCACUUGCACUGAGCUCACCAAGAAAAAAACUGUUUUUAGUUGCAUUUGCCAGAAAAUCUCAAAAAGAUCAACAUGCCCAAGAGAAAGGGAGGAGACGCUGCGCCCAAGGAGGAGCCCAAGAGGAGAUCAGCUAGGUUAUCAGCGAAGCCCGCCCCACCUCAGGCCGAGCCAAAAGCCAAGAAGGCGGCAAAGAAAGAAAAGGCGGUGAACGACAAGAAGGAGGACAAGAAGACCAAGAAGGCGAAGGAGAACGCAGAGGCGGAGGCCAACGAGGAGAACCACUCUGAGAAUGGAGACGCCAAGACCAACGAGGAGGAGGCAGCUCCAGAAGAGGCCAAGGAGGAGGCCAAAUCUGAGUAGCACCACUGCCCCUAUGUCCUCCUCCUACAGCCUCUGACCCCUGAACCCCCUUCCUACCCCCAGCGAACCAACCAGCCAGCCCCCUGUCCCCCCUCCCCCCCCACGAGUCUCUCACAUGCUCUCCCUCCAAGGCGUAUUGUUAACAGAGGAAUAUUUUUAUCAAUGAUUUUAUAAGUAUCCGUACAGAUUUUUAGCACAAAAAAGCAAAGCUGAUUAUGGAGCAGAUUUGCAGUGGUCAUAUCAAGUGUCUGCAAAAGCAAGUCAAAAUACACUAAAAAUCUUUUUUAAACGGCAUUUCAUGGUUGUCUGGAAAAACAAA